AUCAGGCUACCUUGUACCACCUUGUACCACCUGCAACAACAGGCUAGCUCACCCCCUUGGAUUCAAGAUGGCUGCCCCUCAGUAUUGGCUCUCUCUUCUGGUCCUCUCCUGCUGCGUAGCUCUCUUGCUGCCACCCUGUGCUCAGGGGGCCCCACAGGAGCCAGUGUACCCUGGUGAUGAUGCCACCCCCGAGCAGAUGGCCCUGUAUGCUGCAGAGCUUAGAAGAUACAUCAAUAGGCUGACCCGGCCCAGGUAUGGGAAGAGAGCAGUGGGCCAGAGAAUGUACCACGACGGCGUGGAUUUCUUGGAGUAGAUGGUUCUGCUGCGGCAUUCUCAGGACAUCUGGUCAGCUGAAACUUCAGUGUUUCUGGCCCAUUCCCUUCUACCCAUUUCCAGAGCCCUGUAGGCGGUCCCCGCCCUAGCUCCGAUGGCCCAGGUAGACCUGAGCCACAGAAUUCUAUCCCCACCCCUAAACCAAACUUAAUAAA